ACAAGCCUUUAUUUUACCAGCAUCUGUUUUCUGACGUCCUUAUCAUCUCCGGCUAGCCAACUGGCUUUCGAUCUCCCGCUGGUUGGACCAUUUAGAAGCAUUCCAGCUUUCACGACCCCGUCUCCAGCCUUGCUUUCGAUUUCCAGUUAGUACUCAGCUCGCACCAGGGACUGCCGCCUCUCUUUGCUGGAUCUCCACUUCUAGGGUUCUCUGCCCUUCGCAAAUUCCACAGGCGUCUUCGCUAUGGCAAUAAAUCCAGUGAGAAUGCCUACAGAUAUGGUGGCUUUGGUUCCCCCAAAUGGUAUCAGCGGAAUCCAGGGAGGCUAUGGGAUCCCUCCACCAGUGUCAGUAAAGUAUGUACAGUAUGUGCAAUGUGGUCAGCAGUUUGGACACUCCAGCAACCCGCCUCAGCAGGCUCUGGGGAAGUUCAUCAAACGGUAUGCCAAGUUUCUGGGGGCCAUACAGAUCAUAAUUGGAUUGAUAGAAAUCAUUUAUUGGUUCAUCCAAAUUGUUCUUCUGCUCCCGUCGAACCAGCUUGGGUCCCCUAUAAUUUUUUCAUUCAUGGGUGGAAUAUUUUACAUUGCUUCAGGAUCUGUGUCUGUGUCGGCUGAAAAACAUUUGAACAGCAACUUGGUGAAUUGCAGUGUAGGAAUGAACAUCGCAAGUGCUGUAGUAGCAUCAUUUGGCAUUUUGGGAUACAUACUCAAGCUGUAUGUAUAUGUAACACUUGUGCCACUUGGAUAUAUUUCAUCAAACCUGCCUUUAGUUUUUAGCAUCCUGCUCCUGCUCCUGACCUUACUCGAGUUCUCCAUCGCCGUUACAGUAACGCAUUUUGGAUGUCGGGCAAAUUGCUUUACCAAUGACACAGCCAUUGCUUAUGUGCCCUGCACCAUCACUGGAGAAAACAUAGCUCCCCUUGAAGACAAUUGUACCCGUCCAACCUAUGUAAAGAUUGUUCCCUACAUGGGAGUUUAAGAAAGAACCUGAAAAAUUAUGAGAGUUACCAUGCCAGCAAUCUUGACAAUCCAGCCAUUUCAAAAUUUCCUUUCAAUAUUUGCAAAUAUAUCCAUCCUUCAAAGCUAAGUGCAACAUUUAGUACCUAUAGUGAUGAAACUAUCUACAAGGGAAGAGGGCCUUUUCAGUCGUCCCUGACACAUCCUCCACAGGGAAGCUCGCCUGGCGUGUAUUCAGUGGUUGUUUAAGCACCAGAAGAAGACCUGUUUUUUCUCUCCCAAGCACUUCAACUACCAUUUUAGUGCUUUUAUAUCAUUCCAAUGCUUUAUUUUUGCUGCUGGUUUUACUUGGAUUUAUUAUAUGCUUCCCUGAUUUUACCCUUUGCUCCUCUUUAUCCUGGGCCGGAUCUACACUAGUCUUAUAACGUUGCUAGUGUCCCUUUCUAACGUGGUUCUCUGUAUCUGUUCUCUGUAGCUGUAACGUUACUGCAGGGCACACUGUUAAAUCCUUUCGUUGCUGGGUUUGCUCCGCCCACUGCCUGCCUCAUUCCUAGCCAGCAGAGCAGGGCAAGUCAUAAGCACACACAAAUUCCCUCCCUCCCAAAACAUCUUAACACAAGUCCCAGGGAAUUGCCUGAGCGCACAGGAGCCAGCCACUUUGCUGAAGCUAAGCAGGGUUGGGUCUGGUCAGGGUUUGGAUGGGGGAGACCAAAUUGAAAAGUUUUAGCAGCAGCCGCAUUUAACCCCCGCUGGUCAUGAGUUUUGGACUUUGGACCCUUGUUAAUUUUCCUGCAGGGAGCUACAGCUCCUUUGCAAAGAGGGGGGAAAUGUUUUUUAAAAAAUCAUAACAAAUCAACCGAUGACCCAAUUUGAUUCAAAUUUUAAGGGAGGAUGCAUGGGAGUACUUCACAAUAAAAGCAGAUUCUAAGGUGGAAAACUUCUGAGUGCUUAGCAUACAAUUGUCAGUGAUUGCACAGCAUAAGGGUGGUGUGAUUUAUCUGCUGUAGCAGAUAAUAGCAAACGGGGCGAAGGAAGGAGAAUAGGAAAUGGGCGGAGCAAACUCCCCAACUCUGGGUUGCGAGAGGAGAAUUACCGGUAGAACAGGGCACAUGAAUCUGCAGCCACGCUGGAACUAAGAAACAGAAGCUGUAAGUACGACUCAUUUACAACGUUGGAGACCCGGGUCACGUGACGCUAUGCGUCACAGUAACCCAUUCAAAACGUUAGAAUAACACCAGUGUAGAUUCCCACCUAGUUGCGCUAUAUGCUCUUUUCUAACCAUUGUUUUAUUGGCAUUUUAUAUUCCAUGUUGUAAUAUUGUUCUUCAGCUGCAGCCGCCCCAGACAUUAUUGGUCUAAUAGUGUAAGAAUUAAAAUAAAUACAUCAAUAAAAGUUGAAAAUUGA